CCACUCUCGCGAUGGAAAAUUGUCAUAUUUAGGAGAGAGAAAAAAGGGGUGGUGGUGAUCAUCAUCAAAGGUACAUGGCCACAGGAGCAGCUGGGGAUGGACUACUACUCCGGGGAGUUUUCGAAGGAUGCAUCUCCGGCCACGACACAGGAAUCCAAAGGCGACCCUACCACCGGAAUUGUGGCUGCGCGUUGCAUAAAUCGCGCGGUCAUUGCUCCCAUGUGUCGCCAAAUAGGAAUGUGUCUUACCCUAUAAGACGGGCGUGGAGCGAGAGUUGCCUAGCAUUGAUGGCCUCGGGGAAUUCCUCGCCUUGUUCUUCACCGGCCGUUGCUCCGCCGGAGUCCGGGAGGACACGGUUGGUUGUGUGCAAUGAAGAAGAAGAAGAAGAGAUUGUUUCAAACAAGGUUUGAUUUCACUUCUUGUUUUGUUUUUUUAUGGGAACAAGAAAGAAAUGUGGGUGGGGCUGUAAAAGUAAUUUCGUGAACAAGUUGAUAAAAUGAUAGGGUUUAUUUGAUGAAAAAUGCAAUUUAGACUUAAAAAUUUGACAUAAUUUGUUGACCUAAUGACGUUAUUUUGUUAGAAUUAUUGGAUAAACACAAAAUUCCAAUGUUUGAUACAACCCACAGUAAUAAAUUAAGUCAACAAAUUAAGUCCAAUAGCAUUACUCUUAUUUGAUUGAUGUGUUUUUUUUUAUACAUGGGAAGAGGACGACAAAGUCAUCCAAAAAAAAUAAAGGACUUUCAGAAAUGUUGUGUGUAUUGUAAAAUGGUGUUUAUUCUUAAUGGAUUCAGAUCUUUGUAUUUUUGUGUAUUUUACUUUUUUUUCUGGUCCAACCAAAAUGAAAAAAUAGAAAGUAACCAAAUUCGAUCGGUAAAAUCAUGUUCUCCCCG